AUGACAACUCCGCAGGCAGCGGAAGAGCAGGCUGAUGGCGGCCAAGCAGAGCAAUCGGGCGACGCACGCCCGUACCAGUGGGACAGGCAAUGGGGCGCAGAUGACUGGCGAGACAGGCGAUGGUACUCCAGCUGGAACACUGCGUGGCAAGGUGCUCCGUGGAGCGGAUGGACCAGUUCAGCGAGCUGGUGGUGGAAUGGUGCUUGGGGCGAUAGUGACUCAAGUGACCGGUGGCAAAAGCCGGAUGGUACAGAGUCCAGGGGUAAGCACCAACAGGAAGAGAGAAGGACGCAAGCCGAGAGACGAGAAUCGGCGUCCACAGCGCCGGCAGAGGAUGAAUCGGAUAGGCAUCCGGAUCAUGUCGACUCGGUAGAUGACGGCUCGACAGGCGGUGAGUCCCGAGCCAAUCCCAAGACUGGGAAGGAUUUCGUCCCAGAGUACGAUGGUAAGGGGCCGAUGAGGGAGUACCAAAGACGGGUUCGUUUGUUCGAAGCCAGCACGGGGACGACCCCGCCUACAGAGCUCAAAAGCUCAUGGAGCGCCUCACAGGACAAGCUUGGCUGGCUACUGAAUCCUUGCCUCUCAAGGAUCUCAAGCAUCAAGACGGAACUCGAGCCACUGGAGUUCCUUCGGGUGUUUUCUACCUUGGCUGAGUUCUACAAGAACUUCCGGCGAGAGAAAGGCCAGGAGUUCGUCGCCUACGACAUGGCUUUUAGAGCUCAGCUACAACGCCUUGAUGAAAUCGGGGGAGGCAUCGAUGGCGUGACCAAGGCUUACUGGUUCCUGGAGAAGGCUGGCUUAUCUGCAGAGUUACGCAAACAAGUGGUGGCUGCAGCAGGGGGAGUGUAUGACUACGUGAAGCUGAGGAGUGCCUUGGUGGCGAUUGUUCCUCAAGUUCAUCGAGCUGAAGAAGAACGCUCGUCGGCAGCCCCACAGGUGCGUCAGUGGAAACGAGGCGGGCCAACCUCACAUCCGAGACAGGUGCAUGCUACCUUGGAUGACGGAGAACUAGAAGAAGAAGCUCAGUUUGAAGAUGCGGGUGAAGAUCAGGGCAGCGAAGAUGCCGACAAACUGGAAGCCGAGCUGGAGGUCUUGAUGACUCAGGCCGCUAGGAAGAGAGCACAGGUGGAGAAGGCCCGGGGCUUCACGAAGAACGAGGCUCCAGAAGAGAGAGAGAAGCGCAUCCGGGACAUGAAGUCUCGUAUGCCUUGUUCAGCAUGCAAGGCCCAUGGGAAGACGGUGUAUGGUCACUGGCACAGUGACGAUGCGUGUCCCUAUAAGUCCAAAGGGAAAGCCUCUGGCAGCGGGAAGCCCGUGCUCGCAGUAGUGGAAGAGGACCUGAGUGACUCAGAAGAAGACGAUUUUGGUCCAGGGGAGAGCCCCAUCUUCGUCACGGUCAUGGAGGAGAAUUGGUGCGCCAGCGUGGGUCAGGGCAAGAACCUGUAUCCGCGAGAGCAUCGGCCAAUUGCCCUGAGUGAUACAUGUUGUGCUAGGACAGUCGUGGGAGAAAAGUGGAUGCAAGAUCAUAUCAAGUACCUGCACAAUCAAGGCGAAGAUGUGUUCAUCGUGGAUGAGAAAAGACCCUUCCGUUUUGGGGGUGGGCCACGCGUGUACUCAACGUACGCUGUCAUCUUUCCUCUACAAGUGUCGGGCUCUAUGAAGGUGGCGUUCGUUCGAGCUAGCGUAGUUCAGCAGGAGGUUCCGUUGCUCAUGAGCAAGAAUGCCUUGAAGAAUCUCGGUGCCACCUUGGACUUAGCAGCCGGGUCUCUUCAGUUGACUGCUCUGGACGCAAGCGUUCGCUUGGUGGAAACAGCAUCAGGGCUUUGCGGAUUCGAGAUUAAUCAGAACCCAAGUGAAAGAAAUCUCGAAGUUCCUCCUAGUGAGCUGCUUGCUGAUGGGUGCGAAGUCAUGAUAUGUCCCGACCGUGAUCGACAAGUGCAUGCAGUCCGGCAGGACCGGAGGGAAAGGGAUCGUGAAUGCGAAGCGCUAGCAGAACAGUACCUGGCAGAGAAGCGGUUUCGAUAUCGUGAUCUUCUCCACAUAGUCCGAAAGUUGCCUCUCAAGGAGCGCCGAGAUCAUCGUGACAUUGAUGGACGGAAGGAUGAGCCCGUCACUUCAUUCCUGGGAGGCUUGUGGGUCCAUGGGGGUUUCCACGGGAUUGCAAAGACUGCCAAGAGGUACCCUGCUGUGAUCCAGUACAUAAACGCUUUCAUGCAGAAGAAACACCCUGGUGGUUGGACGUCAUUCGUCUUGAUGAAGAACAUAAGCACAAAGAUCCACAAGGAUGUCAACAACGAAGUCAAUACUAUGAGUACUACGGUAUCCUUCGGAAGAUUUAGGGGUGGACGUUUGUGGGUCAGCUUGAGUGACGGUGAGAAGCCACCGGGAGGCCGAGAUAUCGUCUACAUGCAAGACGACGAAGGCAACCCGCAGCGAGGCUAUGGGGUGUGCACUCAGAAGACUCCAUACACCUUUGAUCCAAGAUGUGCUCACGCGACAUGUCCGUGGGAAGGGGAGAGAUGGUGUUUGACAAUGUACACCUCAAGGGGCAUUCAGCACGCGUCGCAGAUGUCAAUGCUUGCUCCAAAGAAGAAGGAAGAGUAUGUGAAGGCCAUCGGAGCUCGAUGCACGGUGAAGGAGGAGGACCUCAAGCAGCACACGGUAGAGAGAUUGAAAGAGAUAUGGGCUGUUCUCAAGCCGACCUCUCGAAAGAAGACGCUCCUUCCGAGCGGGUGGAGACGCUUCGAUCUGGAGGGCCUCAAGGAGCUGUACUCCUCUGUGGUGGUUCCGUCGCUGCAGAGGGAACACAAUGGUCAUUGGGGAAGGUGGAACCGAGGACAUCUCAUCAUGCAGAUGGAGAUGUGGAUGGACGAAUGCAUGGAGAAUCCGGACGAGAUUCCGGAGGAGACGCAUCCACAUCAGACACCGCUAUGCAAGCGGUGCACGUUGCCGAUGAUCGAGAGGACAAAUCGAGUGAACGGCGAGGGGUUCUUUGGAUGUCUACGUUUUCCAAUGUGCCGAGAGACGUUGCCACUACUCUACAAUGGGCUGCCGACCGUCUACGUUCAGGAAAGCAUGCUCGGGGAAGAGAAGAAGGGCAACAAGGCGGAGGCGAAGGGGCGAGCAAAGGAGAAGGGCCUGUUCAAUCCGAAGGCGAGAGUCAAGGGACCCAAGGAGGUGGAUCCAGCGCUGAGCUCAAACUCACAAGGGUCAUGGGUGCAAGCCGGCCGCAUCCCCGUCGACGAGGUGUCAUCAGAGGACGAAUCUCAGAAACCCGGGGCAGAGAGGAAGGUCAAUGUGAACUUGACGCCGCAGGAGAUCCAGAUGAUCGAGAAGAUGCGUGCGGAGAAGGAGGAAGCGACCUCGGGGAACAAGGUAGUGAUCUUCGACAAGCUGAGGACCCGGGGCGUAUCCGAAAGUUGCUCCGAAGCUUGGCAGCGCGUAUUCGGAAACAUGUCCGACAGCGAGGACCAUGGUGAGCACGCAUCAGUUCCUGAGCAGAGUCAAGAGCCGAUCCGCACCGGCCUUUCGAGUGACGGAAUUUCUUUCGAUGUGCCUGCUGGGAGGUGUUUCUUGGUGGCGGGGGAACACUUGCGGGAAGCAAUAGGCGACGAAAAGCAAUAUGGUGAUCCCGAAGUUCAAAAGGCUCUGGCUCUGUUCAAGAAAGUCCCGAAAGAAGCCACGUAUGAAGACCUCCUAGGACAGGCUGACCCAGAACCAAUGGGUGAUCUUGAGGACCAGCCCAUCGGUCGAGAUCUCACCGAAGAUGUCGAAAUGGACAUCAGCGAUCAAGCUGGAUUGCCUGAAGAGUAUAGGAGCAUGGUUGGAUAUGUGGGAUGGUAUCAUGACCGGUUUAUGAAUCCUGUUCUGGUGUCACACAAAACAUGGGCUUUGCGAACUCCUGAACAAAAGUACAGUCCCGAGAGCUUUCCGUACAGGUCCACGUGGGUGCGUAUUGGCGGAGAGUGGAAACGCAUUGAGCAUGAGGUUAAGUGGAGUGAGUUGGAAGAUCCCAACGCGAUAAUAUCAGGUGGUCCAGCAAGCUUGAUGGUGACUGUUUUUCAGAGUCGCACCCGACGUGAAAGAUGUUUGGAGGACGUCCCCGUCGCCUUGAAGAAGCCUCGAAUCGAGUCGUCAGGGAGUCAGGUUCAUGCCGUCAUGACUAAAGGGGCUCUUGGCAAAAACAAGUUGAAACGCAUGCUCGAGAAAGAAGUGCCCUACGAAAAGAUCCCUGAACAUGAAAAGGAAUUGUAUAGAGCUGCUGAAGAGAAAGAGUGGAAGAGUUGGUGUGAUUUCAACAGCUGUGAGAUACUCAGCCCAGAAGAGAGCGCGAGGGUCGAGAGAGAAAAGGGGGACAGAAUCCUUCCGAGUCGCUACGUCUAUAGGAACAAGCAUGCGGGGUUGCUCGAUGAUCAAGGACGUCCAUUGCCUGUGAAGGCGAAGGCGAGGCUGUGCCUGCAAGGGCAUCUCUGUCCAGAUAGCCGGAGUGGAGAGAUUCAAGUAGAUAGUCCUACUAUUGAAAGGGUGUCAACGAUGAUCUUUCUCCAUCAGGUCAUAAGUCAAGGUUGGAUGAGUGACUGGUUUAUCGGUGAUAUUUCUAACGCUUUCCUUCAAGGGGCUCCACUUCAAGGGAAGGAAAUGUUCAUGCGACAGCCUCGGCAAGGGCUGAAGGGCAUGCUUCCAGGACAGCUGUUGAAGCUUCUCAAGCCUGUUUAUGGACGGCCGGAUGCUCCACGGGCAUGGUAUAACGAACUGGCUAGGGUCCUGGAAGAAGAACUUCAUCUCCAGAAAUGUGUCACCGAUCAGUGUUUGUUUACCUUGCGUGAUGACCAGAAUCGUGUCCGGGGAUUAUUAGUCAUUCAUGUGGAUGACUUGAUGCUAUGCCACGAUGGUAGCCAACUAGGGAAGGACACCGUGCAGAAGUUGAAGGCUCGGUUCCCGUUCGGCACUUGGGAUAGAGUUAUGGAUCAGAAGAACGGAGUGACCUAUUGUGGCAAAGAAAUUAGAAUCCUCAACGACGAGAAGGGUGAACAGGUCAUUGCGCUCAGUCAAAACGGAUUCAUCGAUGGAAGAGUCCAGAAGCUGGAGAUCAGCAGAGAGAGGAGGGCUGAGAGCGAGCAGAGGGCCACCGAGGAAGAGAGAAGUGAAUAUAGGUCGGUCGUAGGGAGCUUGCAAUGGCUUAUCACUCAAACGAGACCCGAUCUUGCUUUCGAAGUGAACCAACUCCAGAAAAGAAUAGCCGACCUCAGGGUUCAUGAUCUGGUGCGCGCGAAUCGUGCAGUCCAAGAGGCUACACAGCACAGGUUGGAGAUCAUUUUCAGAAAUCUGGGGCCAGAUGCUGAGCUAGUCGUGUACCAUGACGCAGGACUUUACAGCAGCGUGGGGGUAGAGCUGGAUGAGAGAGAAGCCGAUGAUGUUCUCCAAACUGGCAUGGAGAAGAAAUUGAUCUAUUCCCAGAAGGGCGCGGUUGUGGGGUUUGUGCAAAAGGGGGCUACUCAAAAGAAGAAUGAGAGGGUCCAUUUGAACAUGAUAGACUGGAAAUCGGCCACUAACAGGAGGGUUGUAGAGUCAUCGUUCGCAGCCGAGACCCACGCCGCUCUCAUGGGCCAUGGCAUGGCUAGAUUUGCACAGGUUCUGGUGUCUGAGGUGCGGCAUGGAAAGGAGAUCGUCAGCGCUCUAGGCGAUGAGGAUUGGCAAGGAGUAGUAUCUACGACACUGUGCAUAAAGACGGUCAACAUAUAG